AGCCAGCGGCAUCGCAGGCCUGCGGAGGCAGAGCGCUGUGCUCGCCCGCCCCACUGGCCGCCCGCUCGGCGGAACCGGGAUCUGCGACUGGACGCGACGGGCCGCCGCCAGCCAGCACCGCCUGGCCGCCAAGAUGUGCGACUGCUUCCACAUGGUGCUGCCCACCUGGCCCGGAGCCCCCGGCAGCGUGUCUGGCCGGCAGUUGCAGGCUGAAGAGCCAGAUGCAGAAACCGAGGAGGACCACUCUGUGACUGAAGGGUCUGUAGAUGAGACCAUUCGGCCCCGGCCACAGGGGUCCUCGCCUGUCUACGAGUACGUGACUGAGGGUGCCAGCUUCGGACUCCCGGAAGACACGCCAAGGAGGCGGAGGUCCUGGUGGAAGCGGGAUUCGGGGGACUCGCAGACGCUUUCCAGGAUGAGCCGUCUGGAGUCCACGCAGGAGGCGACGGGGGAGACACUGAAGACCAAGGUGGAGGCCGGAGCCAGUGGCUACAUUGUCACAGGCGGUGGGGACCAGGGGAUCUUUGUCAAGCAAGUGCUGAAGGAGUCCUCAGCUGCCAAGCUCUUCAGCUUGAGAGAAGGGGAUCAGCUGCUCAGCACAACCAUAUUCUUUGACGACAUUAAAUACGAAGAUGCUCUCAAAAUCCUUCAGUAUUCAGAGCCUUACAAGGUUCAGUUCACAAUCAAACGGAAACUUCCUGCCGGGGAGGACGAGGAGGGAGCUUCCGGCGGCGCUCGGCAUGGCUCGAGGGGCAGCAAGAAGCAGGACCAGGAUAUCGCCGACGGGCGCUCGGAGACCCCCACGAAGACGCUGCAGGAAGAUGGAGACCAGGAGAGGCUCAUCUCCAAGCCCAGGCAGGGCAGAGGCAGGCAGCCCCAGAGGGAGCGGCUCUCCUGGCCCAAAUUCCAAGCUCUAAAGAGCAAGCGUGGGCCAGGGCCCCGGAGGUCACACAGCUCCUCGGAGGCCUAUGAGCGAGGGGACAUGCCUGACCUGUCCCCCACGAGCACAGACACGGAGGCCCAGGUCCCGGAAGAGGAGCAGGUGCCGGAAGCAGGGCCAGGCAGGCAGCAGAAGAGAAGUUUUCCGAACCUGAGAUUCCGGGUGGGCUCAAGGAAGGGGCUGUCGGGCAGGGGAGCCCACGGUGGGACAGUCCAGGCUGGGGUCCUGGUGGAGACAGGGCCCUGGGAUUCCGGGCGAGAGGCCGCCAGGGCUGCUGCACAUGGCGGGAGAGAGGACAGGACGGCAGGGGUGCCAGAGGACGCCGAGCCCCCCGCAGAGCCCGGCCUCCCCAUUGAGGGAGCCCCGGGGGAAGGGGCCGGCCCAGCACCCAGACUCCGAAGAAAGACAAAAGAGGCCAGGGACAAGGGGGAGACUGUGCCCCAGGGAAAAGCCGGGGUGGGCCCAGCCCCAAGACAGAGCAGGGAGGGGGCCACGGAAGGCACGCAGACGCUGGAGAUUGGCAUUGCCAGACUGUCUCUGCAGGACUCAGCAGACCAAGGCAGCCACCAAAACCACCAACCAGAAUUCCAUGUCCGCAUACCCACUUUAAAGACACCCAGGUUUGGACUUUACAAAGAAAAAGUGCUCGAGAAAGAAGGAGCCACGACAGCUCUCCAGGGGGGACCACGGCAGAGAAGGGACUCUGGUGAGGACACGGAGGCCAAGAAGGAGGAUGCAGGUGGAGCAGAAAUGCACAGGAGCAGACAAGCCCCAGGCCACCUGCCAGCACAGGAGGGGGGAGAACCGGAGGAAGGUGCAGCCCGGCAGAGAGGCGAGGACAGCCAGGCUGGGGACCAGCACAUGGACGAAAAGGAGGGAAAGAUGAAAACGCUAAAGUUCAAGCUGCCCUCCUUUGGGUGGUCACCAGCAAAGGAGGCAAAAGGAGACAAAGUGACACAACUCCAGGAAGCAGAGAAGGAAAAGGAAAGCAGCAUCACGGUAGUGACGUUGGAGACGGACAGAAAAGGCAAAGAUGCACUAGAGACAGACAGCAAGUUCAAAAUGCCCAAGUUCAAGAUGCCGUCCUUCGGGGGGUCGGCACCCAGAAAGUCAGUCGAGGCCGCCGUGGAGGUGUCCGUGCCCAAGGCCCAGGCUGAGGUGACCCUGCCCUCGGUGCAGGCCGACGGCAAGACCAGUGACUUCAGCAUCGAGCUGCCCUCCACCGAGCUGGAGGUCAAGGCUGCCGAGGUCAAUGUGAAGCUCCCAGAGGGCCACCUUCCCGAAAUAGAGCCCAAGGAAACAGUGGGGGGAAUCGGUCUUAAGAGCCACCUGCCCAAGGUGACGGGACCCAGCAUCAAGGUGCCUGAGGUGGACAUAAAGGCCCCCCAGGUGGACAUCAAGGUGCCAAAACUGGACCUGAAGGAUGCCAAGGUCAAGGUGAUGACCCCCGACUUGGAGGUGUCGCUGCCCAGCGUGGAGGUGGACAGCCAGGUAGCGGGCUCCAAGCUGGAGGGCGACGUCGCCCUGGGAGACAAGGAGGUGACCUCCAGAGACAGCAAGUUCAAAAUGCCCAAGUUCAAGAUGCCAUCCUUUGGAGUGUCAGCGCCCAGCAAGUCCGUCAAGGCCACUGUGGAGGUGUCCGUGCCCAAGGCCCAGGCCGAGGUGACCCUGCCCUCGGUUCAGGCUGACGUGAAGACCAGUGACCUCAGCAUCGAGCUGCCCUCUGCCGAGCUGGAGGUCAAGGCCACAGAAGUGGGCCUGAAGCUCCCAGAGGGCCACAUUGCUGAAGCAAAGCCCAAGGAAGUGGCAGCAGGAGUUGGACUCAAGGGCCACGUGCCCAAGGUGCAGAUGCCCAGCAUCAAGGUGCCCAAGGUGGACAUCAAGGGGCCCAAACUGGACCUGAAGGACGCCAAGGGUGAGGUGACGGCCCCCGACGUGGAGGUGUCACUGCCCAGCAUGGAGCUGGACACUCAGUCUGUGGGCAGCAAGCUGGAAGGCGACGUGUCCCUUGGGGACAAAGAGGUGGCUGCCAGAGACAGCAAGUUCAAAAUGCCCAAGUUCAAGAUGCCAUCCUUUGGGGGGUCAGCACCCAGCAAGUCCGUCGAGGCCGCUGUGGAAGUGUCCAUGCCCAAGGCCCAGGCCGAAGUGACCCUGCCCUCGCUGCAGGCUGACGUUAAGAUCAGUGACCUCAGCAUCGAGCUGCCCUCCACCGAGCUGGAGGUCAAGGCUGCCGAGGUGGGCAUGAAGCUCCCAAAGGGCCACCUUCCCGAAAUAGAGCCCAAGGAAGCAGUGGGGGAAAUCGGGCUUAAGGGCCACCUGCCCAAGGUGACUGGACCCAGCAUCAAGGUGCCCGAGGUGGACAUCAAGGCCCCCCAGGUGGACAUCAAGGGGCCCAAACUGGACCUGCAGUGCACCAAGGGCGAGGUGAUGACCCCCGAUAUGGAGGUGUCGCUGCCCAGUGUGGAGGUGGACACCCAGGCCGUGGGCAGCAAGCUGGAGGGUGACGUCGCCCUUGGAGACAAGGAGGUGGCCGCCAGAGACAGCAAGUUCAAAAUGCCCAAGUUCAAGAUACCGUCCUUUGGGGUGUCAGCACCCAGCAAGUCUGUCAAGGCCACUGUGGAGGUGUCCGUGCCCAAGACCCAGGCCAUGGUGACCCUGCCCUCGGUUCAGGCUGACGUGAAGACCAGUGACCUCAGCAUCGAGCUGCCCUCUGCCGAGCUGGAGGUCAAGGCCACCGAAGUGGGCCUGAAGCUCCCAGAGGGCCACACUGCCGAAGCAGAGCCCAAGGAAGUGGCAGCAGGAAUUGGACUCAAGGGCCACGUGCCCAAGGUUCAGAUGCCCAGCAUCAAGGUGCCCAAGGUGGACAUCAAGGGGCCCAAACUGGACCUGAAGGAUGCCAAGGGUGAAGUGAUGGUCCCUGAUGUGGAGGUGUCACUGCCCAGCGUGGAGGUGGACACUCAGUCUGUGGGCAGCAAGCUGGAAGGCGACAUGUCCCUUGGGGACAAGGAGGUGGCCGCCAGAGACAGCAAGUUCAAAAUGUCCAAGUUCAAGAUGCCGUCCUUCGGGGGGUCAGCACCCAGCAAGUCCGUCGAGGCCGCUGUGGAAGUGUCCCUGCCCAAGGCCCAGGCCGAAGUGACCCUGCCCUCACUGCAGGCUGACGUUAAGACCAGUGACCUCAGCAUUGAGUUGCCAUCCGCCGAGCUGGAGGUCAAGGCUGCCGAGGUGGGCAUGAAGCUCCCGGAGGGCCACCUUCCCGAAAUAGAGCCCAAGGAAACAGUGGGGGGAAUCGGGCUUAAGGGCCACCUGCCCAAGGUGACUAGACCCAGCAUCAAGGUGCCCGAGGUGGACAUCAAGGCCCCCCAGGUGGACAUCAAGGUGCCAAAACUGGACCUGAAGGAUGCCAAGGUCAAGAUGACGGCCUCCGACGUGGAGGUGUCGCUGCCCAGCGUGGAGGUGGACACCCAGGUAGUGUGCUCCAAGCUGGAGGGCGACAUCGCCCUUAGAGACAAGGAGGUGACCGCCAGAGACAGCAAGUUCAAAAUGCCCAAGUUCAAGAUGCCGUCCUUUGGGGUGUCAGCACCCAGCAAGUCCAUCAAGGCCACUGUGGAGGUGUCCGUGCCCAAGACCCAGACCGAGGUAACCUCAGUGCAGGCCCACGGCAAGACCAGUGACUUCAGCAUUGAGCUGCCCUCCACCGAGCUGGAGGUCAAGGCCACAGAAGUGGGCCUGAAGCUCCCAGAGGGCCACAUUGCCGAAGCAGAGCCCAAGGAAGUGGCAGCGGGAAUUGGACUCAAGGGCCACGUGCCCAAGGUGCAGAUGCCCAGCAUCAAGGUGCCCAAGGUGGACAUCAAGGGGCCCAAACUGGACCUGAAGGACGCCAAGGGUGAGGUGACGGCCCGUGAUGUGGAGCUGUCACUGCCCAGCGUGGUGGUGGACACUGAGGCUGCAGGCAUCAUGCUGGCGGGCGACGUGUCCCUUGGGGACAAGGAGGUGGCCGUCAGAGACAGCAAGUUCAAAAUGCCCAAGUUCAAGAUGCCGUCCAUUGGGGUGUCGGCACCCAGCAAGUCCAUCAAGGCCACCAUGGAGGUGUCCAUGCACAAGGCCCAGGCCAAGGUGAACCUGCCCUCGGUGCAGGCCGACGGCAAGACCAGUGACCUCAACAUCGAGCUGCCCUCCCCCGAGCUGGAGGUCAAGGUUACCGAGGUGGGCGUGAAGCUCCUGGAGGGCCACCUUCCCAAAGGGGAGCCCAAGCAAGUGGCAGCGGGAAUUGGACUCAAGGGCCACCUGCCCAAGGUGCAGAUGCCUAGCAUCAAGGUGCCCAAGGUGGACAUCAAGGGGCCCAAACUGGACCUGAAGGACGCAAAGGGUGAGGUGACGGUCCCUGACGUGGAGGUGUCACUGCCCAGCGUGGAGGUGGACACUCAGUCUGUGGGCAGCAAGCUGGAGGGUGACGUAUCCCUUGGGGACAAGGAGGUGGCCGCCAGAGACAGCAAGUUCAAAAUGCCCAAGUUCAAGAUGCCGUCCUUCGGGGGGUCAGCACCCAGCAAGUCCAUUGAGACCACUGUGGAGGUGUCCGUGCCCAAGGCCCAGGCCGAAGUGACCCUGCCCUCGCUGCAGGCUGACAUUAAGAUCAGUGACCUCAGCAUCGAGCUGCCCUCCGCCAAGCUGGAGGUCAAGCCUGCCGAGGUGGGCAUGAAGCUCCCGGAGGGCCACCUUCCGGAAGUGGAGCCCAAGGAAGCAGUGGCGGAAUUCGGGCUUAAGGGCCACCUGCCCAAGGUGACUGGACCCAGCAUCAAGGUGCCCGAGGUGGACAUCAAGGCCCUCCAGGUGGACAUCAAGGGGCCCAAACUGGACCUGCAGGACGCCAAGGGCGAGGUGACAACCCCCGACAUGGAGGUGUCGCUGCCCAGUGUGGAGGUGGACACCCAGGCCGCGGGCAGCAAGCUGGAGGGCGACGGGUCCCUGGGGGACAAGAAAGUGGCCGUCACAGACAGCAAGUUCAAAAUGCCCAAGUUCAAGAUGCCGUCCUUCGGGGGGUCAGCACCCAGCAAGUCCGUCAAGGCCACCGUUGAGGUGUCCGUGCCCAAGGCCCAGGCCGAGGUGACCCUGCCCUCGGAUCAGGCUGAUGUGAAGACCAGUGACCUCAGCAUCGAGCUGCCCUCCGCCGAGCUGGAGGUCAAGGCUGCCGAAGUCGGCGUGAAGCUCCCGGAGGGCCACCUUCCCGAAAUAGAGCCCAAGGAAGCAGUGGGGGGAAUCGGGCUUAAGGGCCACCUGCCCAAGGUGACUGGACCCAGCAUCAAGGUGCCCGGGGCAGACUUCAAGGCCCCCCAGGUGGACAUCAAGGUGCCAAAACUGGACCUGAAGGAUGCCAAGGUCAAGGUGACGACCUCUGACAUGGAGGUGUCGCUGCCCAGCGUGGAGGUGGACACCCAGGUAGCGGGCUCCAAGCUGGAGGGCGACGUCGCCCUUGGAGACAAGGAGGUGACCGCCAGAGACAGCAAGUUCAAAAUGCCCAAAUUCAAAAUGCCGUCCUUUGAGGUGUCGGCUCCCAGCAAGUCCGUUGAAGCCGCCUUGGAUGAGUCCAUAGCCAUGGCCCAAGCCCAGGUGACCCUGCCCUUGGUGCAGGCCGACAUGAAGAUCAGUGACAUCAGCAUCGAGCUGCCCUCUGCCGAGCUGGAGGUCAAGGGUGCCGAGGUGGGUGUUAAGCUCCCAGAGGGCCACCUUCCGAGAGCAGAGCCCAAGGAAGUGGCAGCAGGAAUUGGUCUCAAAGGCCACCUGCCCAAGGUGCAGAAGCCCAGCAUCAAGGUGCCCAAGGUGGACAUCAAGGCCCCCCAGGUGGACAUCAAGGGGCCCAAGCUGGACCUGCAGGACGCCAAGGGUGAGGUGAGGGCCCCCAACGUGGAGGUGUCGCUGCCCAGCGUGGAGGUGGACACCCAGGCCGCGGGCAUCAUGUUGGCGGGUGACGUGUCCCUGGGGGACAAGGAGGUGACCAUCAGAGACAGCAAGUUCAAAAUGCCCAAGUUCAAGAUGCCGUCCAUUGGGGUGUCGGCACCCAGCAAGUCCGUCAAGGCCACCGUUGAGGUGUCUGUGCCCAAGGCCCAGGCCGAGGUGACCCUGCCCUCAGUGCAGGCCGACGUCAAGACCUGUGACCUCAACAUAGAGCUGCCCUCCGCCGAGCUGGAGGUCAAGGCUGCCAAGGUGGGCAUGAAGCUCCCGGAGGGCCACCUUCCUGAAGUGGAGCCCAAGGAAGCAGUGGCAGAAUUCGAGCUUAAGGGCCACCUGCCCAAGGUGACUGGACCCAGCAUCAAGGUGCCCGAGGUGGACAUCAAGGCCCCCCAGGUGGACAUCAAGGGGCCCAAACUGGACCUGCAGGACGCCAAGGGCGAGGUGACGAUCCCCGACAUGGAGGUGUCGCUGCCCAGAGUGGAGGUGGACACCCAGGCCGCGGGCAGCAAGCUGGAGGGCGACGGGUCCCUGGGGGACAAGAAAGUGGCCGUCACAGACAGCAAGUUCAAAAUGCCCAAGUUCAAGAUGCCAUCCCUUGGGGUGUCAGCACCCAGCAAGUCCGUCAAGCCCACUGUGGAGGUGUCCCUGCCCAAGGCCCAGGCCGAGGUGACCCUGCCCUCGGAUCAGGCCGACGUGAAGACCAGUGACCUCAGCAUCGAGCUGCCCUCCGCCGAGCUGGAGGUCAAGGCUGCCGAGGUCGGCGUGAAGCUCCCGGAGGGCCCCCUUCCCGAAAUAGAGCCCAAGGAAACAGUGGGGGGAAUCGGGCUUAAGGGCCACUUGCCCAAGGUGACUGGACCCAGCAUCAAGGUGCCCGGGGCAGACUUCAAGGCCCCCCAGGUGGACAUCAAGGUGCCAAAACUGGACCUGAAGGAUGCCAAGGUCAAGGUGACGGCCUCCGACAUGGAGGUGUCGCUGCCCAGCGUGGAGGUGGACACCCAGGUAGCGGGCUCCAAGCUGGAGGGCGACGUCGCCCUUGGAGACAAGGAGGUGACCGCCAGAGACAGCAAGUUCAAAGUGCCCAAAUUCAAAAUGCCGUCCUUUGAGGUGUCGGCUCCCAGCAAGUCCGUUGAAGCCGCCUUGGAUGGGUCCAUAGCCAUGGCCCCGGCCGAGGUGACCCUGCCCUCAGUUCAGGCCGACGUGAAGACCAGUGACGUCAGCGUUGAGCUGCCCUCUGCCAAGCUGGAGGUCAAGGGUGCCGAGGUGGGUGUGAAGCUCCCAGAGGGCCACCUUCCGAGAGCAGAGCCCAAGGAAGUGGCAGCGGGAAUUGGUCUCAAAGGCCACCUGCCCAAGGUGCAGAAGCCCAGCAUCAAGGUGCCCAAGGUGGACAUCAAGGCCCCCCAGGUGGACAUCAAGGGGCCCAAACUGGAUCUGAAGGACGCCAAGGGUGAGGUGACGGCCCCCGACGUGGAAGUGUCACUGCCCAACGUGGAGGUGGACACCCAGGCCGCAGGCAGCAAGCUGGAGGGUGACGUGUCCCUUGGGGACAAGGAGGUGGCCGCCAGAGACGGCAAGUUCAAAAUGCCCAAGUUCAAGAUGCCGUCCUUUGGGGUGUCGGUGCCCAGUAAGUCCAUCGAAGCCUCCUUGGAGGGGUCCAUGCCCAAGGCCCAGGCCGAGGUGACCCUGCCCUUGGUGCAGGCCGACAGCAUGACCAGUGACCUCAGCAUCAAGCUGCCCUCCACAGAGCUGGAGGUUAAGGCCGCCGAGGUGGGCAUGAAGCUCCCAGAGGGCCGCAUUGUAGAAGCAGAGCCCAAGGAAGCAGCAGCGGGAAUCGGACUCAAGGGCCACCUGUCUAGGGUGCACAUGCCCGGCAUCAAGGUGCCCGAGGUGCACAUCAAGGCCCCCCAGGUGGACAUCAAGGGGCCCAACCUGGAUUUGAAGGACACCAAGGGCGAGGUGACGGCCCCCGACGUGGAGGUGUCAAUUCCCAGCGUGGAGGUGGACAACCAGGCCGUGGGCGGCAAGCUGGUGGGCGACGUGCCCCUGGGGGACGAGGAGGUGGCCGCCAGAGUUAGAAACAUUGAAAUGGAAGGCGGAGGUAAUAUCCAAAUCAAGAAAUCACAUUUUAAAAUUCCCGAAGUCUUCUCUUCGUCUGGCAAAUCCUUCAAAAGUUCUGCACCAGUAGAUGUUUAUUUUGGGGUUUCUCUGCCCCCAAGUACCUCUGUCACGUUCUCAGAAUUUAGUGGUGGUGAAUCUUCGACCCAGGAUUUGGCCACCAGGGAGCCGUCCAUGCCUCUUCCCUGGCUGGGUUGGCCUGGUCUUUCUGGCAGCCUUGAUCUCAGUGGUAUCCACGCCGAGCCUGCUUCUCUGUCUCCUGCUGAGGGCAUCAUACUCACAAAAUACCAGGUGACUCUCCCCAGAGCUGCCGCCCCCACGGAGCUCCCUCUGGAAGCUGCCCCUUGUUCCCAGAACAACACCUAUCUUCCCAGCAUGGGAAGUUCUGCCAGUCUCCCAACCCAGGUGAGAGUUGCAGUGUCCCAGACUGACAGUCCCGCUGGCCUUGUGGACCCCAUGUUUCUUGCAUCAUAUGGUCGGGUGAGUUUUCCUAAGUUUCAUCCACCAAAGUUCGGGUUUUCUGUCCCAGAAGCAGCUGAUGCAGAGGUGGAGGCCGGUGCCGGGGAUUGUGCCCCCUCUCUAUCCACUACUGGCCCUGCCCGGGGCCUGGACUCCACAGCUGUGCCGCGCAGCACGGGGCUGUCGGCAGUAGCUGCAGGUGAGACCCCAGCUAAAGAUACUGAACGUGGAGGGAAAGAUAGUCCCUUAAAAAUGCCGUGGAUCAAGCUUCCGUCAUUCAGGUGGUCCCCAAAGAAGGGGGCGGUGCCCCCAGGGGACCCUGAAUGCAGCCUGGACGACGCAGAGCUCGGCAUGGCUGUGGACACGGGUCACAAGGGCGUGCCCCCUGGGUGUCCUGUGUCUGCAGUGGACGUGGCUGUAGACGUGCCUCCGGAGAAGGACAGAGAGGAGAAAGGCAUGAAGUCGCCUGGCUGCGCUGUGCUGGAACACGCACCUCUCACAGUGCUCACUCCAGAGGGAGGGCCCGGCCUGCCACGGGGAGACCCCGCUGCUCCACGCUCUAGGUCCCCGGCGGGGGGUGGCGCUCGUGCCACAGAGAGGGCUAGUCGUGAGGUUGGUGCUGGGGGCACCGGCACGGUGGUCAGCCCCCCAGAAGGAGCGGGCGUGGACCCCCAUCUGCCACAGGCCCAUGCUCCCCUUUUGGACUUUGCCAGACCAGACCUCAGACCCAGCAAGGCCAAGGUGGGGGUGAGUUCGUCAGCUGGUGACCCUCCGUCUCUGGCACACAGCAGCCAAGGGCACGGGCUUCAGGACGGCUCGGCAAGCCAGCCUCUCGGCGAGGCGACGGCCCCCUCAGUAGGAGACUCCCAGCAGCCGUCCUGCAGCCCAGCAGAUGUGGACGCUCCCGCGGUGGAGAGCGCGGCCUCGCAGGGGGGCUGGUUCAGGAUGCCCGCGCUCCGCCUGCCCAGCCUCCGACGCCCCGCCAAGGAGAGGGGGGUGGCGGGGGCUCAGGGGGCGCCCGUGCCCGCGCCUGCUGCCAGCGCACUGAGGGAAGGAGAAAGACCAGCUCCAGUCGGGGCUCAGGGGGUUCCUGGGUCAGAGGUGGAAGAAGCUAUGUCCCUGCAGUCCCCAGAGGCAGGGGCAGACGAGGCAUCUGUGGAGCUCGUGUCCGACGCCGACGCCGACGUCCUAAAGAGAAACCUUGAGGACAAAGGCUCAGAGCCGCACCUCUCUCCUGCAGGGGUGCCCGCUGCGGACCUUCCCCCUUCCGAGGCCGGGGUCCGUCCAGGCGAAGGCUCCCUCCCUCUUCAGAUGCCCAGCGGCAGGCUUUCAGGAACCCAGGCCCCUCCUGCUGGGCCUGCAGGGCUGGGCCUCGCUGCGAGGCAGGGGAGGGCAGAGGAAUGGUCCUCCCAGCCUGAAGGCCCCAUUAAACUGAAGGCGUCCAGGACCGACGGGCCGUCCCAGGUUUCUGUCAUUAACAUGGGUCAGCCCUGGGAAGGCUCCGUGGUCACGGUCAGACUGCCCAGGCUAAGCGUGCCAAGGUUCGCCUUUCCUGACCCCAGCUCCGAGGCCGACGUCUUUAUCCCCGCCGUGACCGAAGUGCGGUGCCCAGGGAGCAGCCUUGCCCACGCCCUGCACGAGGAAAGCCCAGGAGUCUGGGGUGCCAGCAUCCUGAAGGCAGGUGCUGAGACCCCCGGGGAGCAGCCCGUGGCCCUUGACUUCUCCCCGGAAGCUUCCCCCGUUUCCAAGGUCAGAGUGCACAUUCAGCGUGCACAGGGAGAGAGCCCCGAGGUCGCCGUCCACAGCAGGGUGACGGCAGAGUUGGCUGACCUCUCGGGAACCGAGGCUAUUUCCACCCAGGUCGUGCGGCAGUUGGAGAUCCCCGCGUCCGAGAUCCAAACAGCUUCUUACGGAUUCUCUUUGCUAAAGGUGAAGGUGCCGGAGCCCCGCACGCGGGUGAGUGUCCGAGACUCCCGGCUGAGGGAGGGCCUGCAGGAGGCUCCCGAACAAGCCGCCCCGGGAGCGGAGCCCGCCUCCGGAGGCCUGCAGCCGGACACCGGAGAACCGUUUGACGUGAUCUCGUCCAGUGUCCAUGUGCCUGGACGGCCAACAUUCACGCCCAAAGUGCACUCUGGCCACCAGGGUGCCGACAGCUGCUCCGACGACGACGACGACGAGGCUGCAGAAGUUCUCGAAUUUCCCCCUGAAGAAGGCAGCGGGGAGGCAGCUACCUCCCGGGCAGAGGAAGACAGGGCUCCAAAGGAGAAACCAGGCAGUAAAAGAUCUGGUCUGUUCCGGUUUUGGCUUCCGAACAUUGGGUUCUCUUCCUCUGCCGAAGAGCCACGCGCUGAUUCCAAAGAUGAAGCCCGCGCGUCGGCUGCCGUCCAGACACAGGCUGGGGCGCGGCCCGAGGCGGAGCUACCCCAGAAGCCCCAGCAGGCGGGCUGGUGUCGAUUCCCCGCGUUAGGACUCUCCUCUCCCACCGAGAAGAGCGAAAGCGCUGAAGACGACGCAGCUCCGGCAGAGCAGACACCCCACGAACAAGCGGCCACGUUCUUCGAUGCCCCAGAAAGCUCCUCCCCAGAGGGUGGGGGGGCGGGGAGCCGGCGGGACGGCAGGCGCCGGAGCUGUGACCACGUCCGCAGCAAGGACGGGGCUGGCGCUGCGGGAGCAGGACCCAGAGGGCGGGAUGAACCUGCAUCCGGGCCCACCACCAAGUGAGGACAGACGGACGAACGAAAGGAGGCCCUGCGAAGCUCCCACCGUGAGGACGCGUGUGUCCACCUUGAUUCACAGCACCGAGAGCGAAGCAGAGGUGCCCGGGAGCGGCGGCGCCCCACCCUCACACAGCCCUCCCAAAGGGGGACCCCAAACGUGCCGGCCCCCCAGAGCCUCGGCAGCAGAGGCGGCAGCCGCGAGACCCCGGCCCCACGCAGGGUCCUGCGCUCCUGAGGGUCUUCGUUAGACACGUGACUCGAGGUCCCUGCCCACGAGGCCCUCGAGGACACAGCUGCUGCUUGGAGAAGGGGCUGUGGCGGCUGUGAGUGCCGAGGUCGUGCGGGGCUCCGCUCCUGUCCUGCUGCUGCCGGUCGUUUCGCUCCUUCCGGCUGAGUCCGGCAUAUUCCCGGAGACCCCGUUCCCCGCUCGCUUACAGCCAGCUCACUCCGCCGUUGGAUGUCUCGCCGCCAGCGCGGCAAGCUUUGGGCUGCUUUGUGUGACGAUGCCCGCGCACUGGGCCGGGGGCGGGCGAGCCAGCAGAGGUCGUUCAGACGGCCGUGAGUUCCCACGAGAGGGUCUGCGGGCGUCCGCUUGCCCACCGGUACCCCCCCCCGCCCCGCGGCGUGCCCAGCCCCUCAGUGUACCCGCUGCAGCCAGGCUGCAGGUGGGACCUACUUGGCUGCUCCCUGGACCCUGGACGGGCAAUAAAGCAAGUGC